UAGCAGAAGACAUUUACCAGAAAUCCUCCAAUGGGAUUGCUAAUAGUAGACAGGAUGUAGGGUUAGAGUACUUCCGGUGUGGAAAGGAAGAGUGUGAUCCGGUGGGUGUUGGUGAAAAAUGAUUCGGUUCAUCCUGAUCCAGAACCGUGCGGGGAAGACCCGCCUGGCCAAGUGGUACAUGCAGUUUGACGAUGACGAGAAGCAGAAGCUGAUUGAGGAGGUGCACGCCUGUGUGACAGUCCGAGAUGCCAAGCACACAAACUUUGUCGAGUUUCGUAACUUCAAGAUCGUGUACAGAAGAUACGCAGGCCUGUACUUCUGUAUAUGUGUGGAUGUAAAUGACAACAACCUCAUGUACCUUGAAGCCAUCCACAAUUUUGUUGAGGUACUGAAUGAAUAUUUCCACAAUGUUUGUGAACUGGACCUGGUCUUUAACUUCUACAAGGUGUAUUCCGUGGUAGACGAGAUGUUCCUGGCAGGUGAGAUUCGGGAGACGAGUCAGACAAAAGUCCUCAAACAGCUCCUCAUGUUAAACUCGCUGGAGUGACGGAUCAUGGGAAGGAAUGGCUAAUUUAUAGUGAAAUCUCUGUCCCUACUGCCCAAGAGUUUGACCUCCAUAUGUAACGGUCACAUUUUCAAACAGGGGACCAGACAGACUGUUUUCGGGAAUGAAAUGUACAACAUAAUGGACAAUAAAACACACAGAAUGUUAAAAGAAUCAGUCAUGAGCAUUAUUUGUGUAUAUUCUGUGAUUUAGAAACUUCGAUUCCACAAACAUUACAGCCUUGUUUGGAAAUGUGACCUUAAGAUUAGUAGGUUUAUGAGUCAGACUUUUUCAGAUGGCAUAUCAGUUUUUUGCACUCUGUUUUUGUUGUACUUGGUUUGUAGUUACCAGCCCCCAGGAGCAAAGAAAACUGAGUGCAAUAGAACAGAUGUGCUAGCAGAAAAAUCCAGACUGACAGAGCCUGAUAAGGAGGACACCAGGAGCUCAUGUUAAGAGGCAGAAAAGAUUGAAGGGGGAGGGGUCUGUUGUGACCAACAGAUUGGAUAUAAACAUAUAGUCUCGUGUAGGAGUCUCGAAGAGGGACUGAAAUAUCUGUUUAUGUGUGAAUACAAUGUAUCUUCAUAGGAUUCACAAGUGAUUUGAAGGUAAAGUCUUAUCCACAGCCAAGGUUUGGGAUUGCAAUCUUGCUGCAGCACUAGCCUGGGUGCCAUUGGUAGGUUAUCAUCAGCUCCCAUACUUGCCUUUACAAAUUUGGGGGUUUGAUGGGGAAAAUUAGUUUAGAAAUACUCAGUCAGAAAACUAACAAAAAUGUCAUCCAGGCUACUGUGACAUCAUCUUGUGGCAAGAAAUAGUAGAUACGUUGAUGAAGGUUAGACAUCUAAGUAACAAGAUAUGCCAAACAGCAGUUAAUCAAGCAAAAUCAUAUCCAGUUGCUUGAGUGACUGCUUUUUGGUGUAAGGAAUAGCAAAGUUCACUACCCCUCAUAAAGGCAGCUGAUAAAGUGCCAAAAUGUUGAAAGGUGACAAAAAUCUGGUUGAGGAGAAAGAACUUUACCCUCAUGAGCGUCUUUUCAAGCAGUUGAAUAAUAUGAUAAUAUACCAGCAAAUAUAUGGUAUCCUAAACUAGUACAAACUGUGGCGUAAAAUUUGUUGGCAGUUGUGGUCUGUGAAAGAAUUGUGGCAACAUUGUCCGAUACACUCUGUUGUAGUAAAGACCAAUGUGUGAAAUCACAUGUAUAGAUAAAUCUAUUGUGCAAGUCAUUAUUUUAGAAAAUCUGGACAAAUGGUUAAAUCAACUUGUAUAUCAAAACAUAGUUUAUCAGCUAGUGACUCGUUUUUGGAAAGCAAUUAACUGCAAUGAAGUUGUCUUAAGAAAUUUAAAAGAAACGAUAAGUUACACAAAGCUAUGAUUAGUGUUUUAUCUUAUUUUAGUGUAUAAUUUUGUAGCACUCUUGUUUUGUUCAACAUGAAAAAAAAUGACAUUCCUGUUUUUGUGCACCUAUAAAUGAAAUCUGUAAGGCAAGACUUGAACUCAAAAUUUGUUGCCAGGUACUGUUGUUGAAAGUUGGGCAUUAAAUCAUUAAAAUUACAAAUACAAUGUAUAGACAAAGAAAAAUUGUCAGAAUCAUUGAUGCAAACCAUUAAAUUUUGUAACAGGCUGAAUCACAAUUCUCAAAAGUUGUCAGACUUAUUAUAGCAUAGUCUUCCAUUGCAGUGCCAGUGAGCAUGGAUGUACCGGUAUGUUAGGAGCCUUUGGACCCACAACUUUUCAGGAGGGUUUUCAGGUACUUCAAAAAUUAUUUUACCAGUUCUCAUUGACUUUGACAUGCUAGUACUGAAUAUAUGUGAAACUAUGGAACUAGUGCCUCAUCAGCAGUUAAGACACUGUUGUUUCCUUUCCUCCCUAAAUCACACAAAGGUUGAUGUGUAUUAUGUUGGGGCCAAUACCAGUCUUAGGGUUGGAAAUUGUAACCCAGGUAAUAUUAGCCUGCUACGUUGAUGUAGGUUAGGAGAAUAUUAGCCUGGUAUCUGGCCUAUUCUAGCUCUGGUUGGCUUCUGAUUGCUUUCCUUGCAAAAAUAGUCUGUCAUCCAUUGAUACAGAAAUGAUUGGCAAGAAUUGUUAUUGGCACAUAGUCACGAGAAGUAAGCAAAGGAGCAACCUGAAAUAGAAUGGAAGGGAUACCAGGCUAGGUGAUUCAUACACUUCAUGAAUCCAUCACUUACAAAUAGACUGCAACCUCAACUUACUGCAGCAGCUGUAUCAAAGGUAGAAAAUGUGUGCUGUAUGUGUAGCACAAUAUCAAUAAUAAAGACGACACAAAGCCAA